CUUGUAUGUGGAGGACUGUUGGCCUCUGAAGGAACCGAGCCAGUUCAGGCCAGCCUGCUGCGUUUUCUCUCCUUUACUCCUUUUCUUUUCCCUCUCCCUCUCCCUUCUCUUCCUGUCUGUUUCAGGAGUGAAGGAUUGGGGCAUUCCUUCAAGCUACUUUACUUCAGCUUUCUGUGGGAUUUAAACAUGCACACUGAGGUUUUGGUACAGUCCAUGUUAGUGCCGUUCUUUCUGAUCCUUCUCUCUUUCAUUGAGGACUCUUUGUUGCAGUCGGUGAGUCAGGUGGGUGGUGUUUGCAAGCUGUCCACAGAGUCAUCUUUGCGCCGCUGCCGGACGCCUGAUGGUAAGAUCUGCAGCGGAAGGGGAAAAUGUAACUGCGGCAUUUGCAUCUGCGAGGCCAUAGAACCCGGGAAGUUCUUCGGUCCGCGCUGCGAGUGCCACGACUGGGUCUGUGCUACAUAUAAUGGGAAAACCUGCAACGACCGCGGCUACUGUGACUGUGGAGUGUGCGAGUGUGAUGAAGGUUGGUUCGGUGAUGCCUGCCAGUUUCAGGAAGAGUGUAACCUAUCCAGCAAGAAGAGCAGAGAGCUUUGCAAAAACCAACAGGGGGUGGUCUGCUCCAACAGAGGAACCUGCCACUGCGGUAGCUGCAUGUGUGACAAUGAAGACAACAGAGGCAUGGUAACAGGACGUUUCUGCGAGUGUGAUGACAGCGAGUGCCUGGAUGAGGAAACUGGAGAGAUUUGCGGAGGGCAUGGCCAAUGUUACUGUGGAAACUGUUACUGUGCUGCUGGUUGGCAUGGAGACAAAUGUGAGUUCCAGUGUGACAUGAGCCCAUGGGAAAGCAGGCAGAGAUGCACAUCUCCAGAUGGCAAAAUCUGCAGCAACAGAGGGACCUGUGUGUGUGGAGAGUGUAACUGCCAUGAUGUUGAUCCCUCUGGUGACUGGGGAGAUAUUCAUGGAGACACCUGCGAGUGCGACGAGAGGAACUGUCAUGCAACAUAUGACCGGUACACAGAUGACUUCUGCUCAGGUCAUGGCCAAUGCAACUGUGGCAGGUGUGACUGCAAGGAAGGGUGGGCAGGGAAUAAGUGUGAGCAUCCUCUGUCCUGUUCCCUGUCUUUGGAAAGCAGUUUGAAGAAGUGCAGAGGAACGUCCAAUUUGCCCUGCUUCGGACGAGGUCAGUGCCAGUGUGGACAGUGUACUUGCCACCCACCUGGGGACAGUCGUGUUCAUGGCAAAAACUGUGAGUGUGACGACCGUCAGUGCGAGGACAUCAGUGGAGAGGUCUGUGGAGGUCACGGUUACUGUUCAUGUGGACGGUGCAUCUGUGAGGAGGGCUGGUUUGGGAAGCUGUGCCAGUUCCCCAGGUCUUGUGAUAUGAGCGAUGCCCAGAGCAAGGAGCUUUGUGAGACCUCUGAUGGUGUUAUAUGCAGUGGAAAAGGUUCCUGUCAUUGUGGUAAGUGUAUCUGCAAUCCCCAAGACUGGUGGGUGUCCGGAGAGUACUGUGAGUGUGACGACCGAGAGUGUGAUAAGCACGACGGGAUCAUCUGCACAGGGAAUGGGUUGUGCAACUGUGGCAACUGCGAGUGCUGGGACGGCUGGAACGGGAACGCUUGUGAAAUCUGGGUGGGAGAAGAAUACUGAGGCCAACAGAGAACAGGACACUGGGUUCAGAGAAUUGAGACCUGGCUGCCCGGUGUGACCAGGAGCACCACGAGUCACGACCAAGCUGGUGAAACGCCAAGUUAUCGAAACCACGGGGAGGAGAAAGGAAGACUAAACAUGGACGUAGCUCUGCAUUUCACAAACAGCAUUCAUAGUUUUAUUGUACUGGUUACAAACUAUCCUUUUAAAACUGGGUUUUGUAGAUGAAAAGAAACAGCCAUAGCUCUGUGCUUAAAUCAUAUUACAAUGUAAACAUUUAUGUUUUCAAAGCAGCUUUUUUUUGGAUAUUGUAGGAAUGCUUACAUAUUUCAAAUGGCUAUAUAUAAUAGGAUGCAAGUACAUGACAGUUUCAAAUGCUGGAGAGAGGAUAAAAUGUAUCAUUAAGAUGACUUUGUAGUAAUAUGUUUGAUACUGUGGUCUGUUUUUACUGGUAAAUGGUCUGCCCUUCCCACACUGGACUGAAAGUUUACUCGAAAGCUCGAGGCAUAGGUUACGCUGAGGUUUUUAUUUCUUUUUCAUAAUAAAACAUUAAAUGUGCCGCAUGACACAACAUUUUGCAUGGAAAACAAUGCAAAGACCUUAAUCAUACAUGGUUACAAAUUUGUUAUAACAUGACAUAACUCCAAUGGGCAUACUUGCAAUGGUAUAUAUAGAGAGAGAUAUAUUAGAAAAUAAAUCAUUUUAAUAGUGCCUACUCUCCUCCGUCAAACAAACAGUCUGCCCUGAAACCUUUACUGUCUUAGUAGUGGUUAAAUUCUAAGUGGAAGAAACAAAGAGAAGGGAAUAAAUAGUUCAGUUGUGGCAUGCUGGAUGUCCAUGUCACUUCAAAUGGUGGUAUCAGGGGAUGAGAGCUGCACUGACACAAGAGCUCAGUCACCACUUGAAAAAAGGACCGAUAAGAAGUCACAAAGAAAAUUUAAUGUAAAUUCUACUUUGGCCUUUUUCAUGCUUAAACUAGCCAAUCCCCUCUGUUUUCUUUGUCUCUGAAAAAUGACAGGUGCAAUAAUAUACUGCACACUAUAUUGCAUUAAGUAUGUUACUGACAUUACAGUAUACCUUUAUAUAAAUAUUUUUUAUUCAAUAUGUUGUAUAAUGUGUAUACAACAAACACAAACUGUAUAGUGUAGACAAACUCGUUGCAUAUAUGUAAAAUUAGCGGUACAUACCAACAGUUCUUGAUUGACAUAGCCUACUACAUGCAGUUCAUCAAUGCCAUCCUCUCCCCAUGCAACAGAUGGGACAACAUACAAAAUAAGAGGUUCGAAAACAGAAGCUAGGAUAUUCUCGUAACACAUUUGAACAAAUGGGGUAACAAAGCAAAACGCGAUUGGGAUCUGGAGACGAAAUCGACACACAACCCGUAUACGAGAGAGAUGAGGACGAACAAAACAAAUGGCGGCUACAGCAAUCCAAACAGAUGUACUUGUACACACUGGUCAUUUACAAAAAUAAAGCCAGCCUUGAAGGAGCCAGUUAACUGGGCUGCAGGGCUGGGGCAGUCACCAGCCCAGCAUGUAGAGUUUUGUAAGAGCGGAGGAUGACAGUGGUUUCCAGCUCCUGUGUGUGUGUAUAUGACGCCAUUUUUAGGAUUAACAGCUUUGUACAGACAAAUAUUGAUAUCUAUGUAAUGUGCUUUGAUGUGUUGUAAUAAGAAAUGGCCAUGUAUAAUCCCAAUAAACUCAGAAAAAUGAUAUUUACCAAAUCAAGUUCUUAAUAUAGUUGCACUUUUAGCAGCAUACAGCAGCAACGAUCUACUUAAUGUUCUAAAUCUUACUUAACUAAACUAUUAGGGAAAGAAAAAUCAGUAAAGCAAGACAAACAUAAAUACACUGAUCACACAGAGCUUUGAUAAACUGCUAACAGUCAUGAUGAAAACGCAAAACAAAGUGCAGUGAGUGUGCCGCAGCCGUGAUACAUGCCUGUUCAACUCCUACACUGAACUUCAGUGCUCAUCCAUUUGCACAUAGUGAAGAACAAUGCCCAUACCUUACUCUUUGUAGAAAAUACAUGCAUGUGAUUAUUCAAGGUAUAUGUACUUUUCCAAAGUGACAUCAGUCAAGACCUUUGCGGAUCUGAGCAGAGUUGAUUAUUCUGGACAGAACAAAUGCUAUCACAGUGAAAGCUUCCGUGAAUUGAAUCAGAAAGAGAAUCGAGAUUUGUUUUCUUUCUUUCUGUUUUUUUUUUUUUAAGAAUCAGUUCUUCUUGGGAUGAAAAAAAGACUUUGGUCAUUUCAGAAUGGAUACAUCUGAGUGUGUUUUUUUUUCAGUGAAUAAUGCUACGUGUCGUCUACAUGGAUGUAUAGGGUGGGUGAGGCACCUUUGGCCCAGUGGGGACUGGGAACUUGUUUUUGCAUGCCGGGAAUCAAGGUCCAAACAGGCACGUGAUAGGCCAAGAUGAUCAGAACUGGACUCUGCAUGC